GACUCUCAGUAUAAAGGCGAUAUCUAAGAUAGGCGAGGAUGGGCCAGAAAUCAAUCUUCUUCCCAUUUCUCCACAAAACUUAAUUAUUAUUCUCUCUCUGAUUCCGAUAAUGGAAGGAUCAAGCGUCGUGGCGGUUUACGGUAACGGUGCGAUAACGGAGGCUAAGAAAUCUCCCUUCUCCGUUAAGGUCGGUCUGGCUCAGAUGCUCCGCGGCGGCGUUAUCAUGGACGUCGUCAACGCCGAGCAAGCCCGCAUCGCGGAGGAAGCCGGUGCUUGCGCCGUCAUGGCUUUGGAGCGCGUUCCCGCUGAUAUUCGCGCUCAGGGAGGCGUCGCUAGGAUGAGCGAUCCACAGAUGAUUAAGGACAUCAAGCAGGCCGUUACGAUUCCGGUGAUGGCCAAGGCCAGGAUCGGUCAUUUCGUGGAGGCGCAGAUCCUCGAAGCGAUCGGAAUCGAUUACAUCGACGAGAGCGAGGUGCUGACCCUCGCCGACGAAGACAACCACAUCAACAAGCAUAACUUCCGGAUCCCUUUCGUCUGCGGCUGCCGCAACCUCGGCGAGGCUCUGAGGAGGAUCCGCGAAGGCGCGGCGAUGAUCAGGACGAAAGGUGAGGCUGGGACUGGGAACAUCGUGGAGGCCGUGAGGCACGUGAGGUCUGUUAUGGGUGACAUCAGGGUUUUAAGGAACAUGGAUGACGACGAGGUCUUCACUUUCGCCAAGAAGCUUGCCGCUCCUUACGAUCUCGUGAUGCAGACCAAACAGCUUGGCCGUCUUCCCGUGGUUCAGUUCGCCGCAGGUGGAGUCGCUACUCCGGCGGAUGCGGCUCUCAUGAUGCAGCUUGGAUGCGACGGUGUCUUCGUGGGUUCAGGUAUCUUCAAGAGCGGUGACCCAGCUCGUAGGGCGCGUGCGAUUGUUCAGGCGGUGACUCAUUACAGUGACCCGGAGAUGCUUGUGGAGGUCAGCUGUGGGCUUGGGGAAGCAAUGGUUGGGAUUAAUCUCAACGAUGACAAGGUUGAGAGGUUCGCUAACCGCUCUGAGUGAAACCAAACAAAUGGUUUAAAUUUCAGACAGAAAUGGUUUCAGACCAUUUUUGCUUGCAGUAAUCUCAAAAAAAAAAAAGAAAAAGAUGAUAUUUGAUAGUUUGUUGUAUCAUUUCGUGUUUGCCUUAUAUAUCUUUGAUUAGUGUUUUUUUUCUCAAUGUAAUCGAUUUCUUCCAUUUGCAAGAACAAGUUGUCAUCAGUUAUAAUAAGAAUAAUAAUCUACUA